AUGGGACUUACAGUCAUGGAUCAGCCGGGCUCUCUCGCCUUUCAUCCAUCCCCAUGUAGUACUGAGCGAGAGAGAAUCCGGGAAUUAUCUCGGUACUACUGUGCCUUAGAUUGCCCGGUGACACUAUCGACCCCGAAAACCGGCGAUGAUGGAGUUGGAUCAGCUCAAAAUGCUCCACGGGCAGAUGAGCAGCCGUCAGCCGGCAAUCUUUCGACCGAUAUUACCUUGACGGCUCUGGCGCAGCUGGGAGUACAUCGUUUAGCGUGCAAUCGGUCCUUUGUCUCCAUUAUCGAUGGCGGUAAUCAACACAUCAUAGCGGAGGCUACAGCAUCGAUUUCAUUGCGAGAUAAAGAUAAGCACCUGCCGAACGAUGGGAUCUACCUUGGAGCGCGAAGUUUAGACCUGGUAUGGGGAGUAUGCCCACAUACAAUCAGCCUGUUCACCGGACGAGACAUGUCCUGCGCGAUCGACACCGAUAACAUCACCGCAAAUCGCACUCGCUACAUUAUCCGAGAUUUUCAGAAAGAGGACAAUUUCAAAGAUCGUCCGUACGUUCGAGCAUGGCCAUACAUGCGAUUCUAUGCAGAAGUCCCGUUGUAUAGUCCCGCCGGCUUCGUCCUCGGAUCCUACUGUGUGGUUGAUGACAAGCCCCGGACGAUCUUUGGCGAAGAUGAUGUGAAUACACUGAGAGAGGUUGCUGAUGCUGUGGCACGGCACUUAGAGCAUGUUCGCAUAGUCCACUGUCACCGUCGGUCUGAGCGGCUGAUCAAAGGAUUAACGAAUUUUGUUAAAGACCAUGCAGACUUUGACCCGCGAGAAGUGUCCAAUGACCACCGACUCGAAGCAAUGGCUGUCGCAUCUAACGUCAAUGCGUCGGCCCCAGAUAAUAGCCCAGGACCUAUGGAAGCUUCCUUAAACCAGCAGUUCGGUUUCGUGACUUCUUCCUCUACCAGCCUUUCGGAAGAGCCGUCUCCUCUGUUCUUUUCAGGGCCUGCCUCGGGGCCGACGGAGCCAUCGUCUCUGAAUUCUAACAUUUCCGACCGUCGGUCGUCCCCAGGGGAAGAGAGGUCUAUUGACGAAGCUCUCAAAGUUGAUACUCAGCCAUUGGAGGAGGUAGCAAACAACGCUUCUUCUGUCUCUCUAGCGGAGAGUGCGUCGUUAGGGGAACGUAUUGAACGCAUUUUUCACAGAGCCAGCAUGCUGCUCAGGAACUCAAUGGAUCUUGAUGGUGUAGUGUUUCUCGAUGCGGCUCGUACUAAUCCUUCAUUCUUGCCCUCUGAUGACCAAACUGGCUGGGAGCCGUUGCCCAAGACUGCCGCACCUGAGUUUCCCGUUGCGCCAUAUCCUAGUCCUCUGGGACGUUCUCCGACGUCCUCUAAGGCCUCGGAAUUGUGCUGCGAUGUUUUGAGCAAAUCUUUGAAAGUGAGGAAAGGCGAGACCCUCGAUACAAAAGCCGACAUUAUUUUCCGGGAGGAUCUUUUGAACCUGCUGGUUACUUCAUUUCCACAGGGUCAGAUCUUCAACCUAGACGAUUCUGUAGAUAGUGACCAUUACUUGUCGUAUGAGUCUGGGCUGAAUGAUUCGGAGACCCAACACAAACUUAUGCAGAUGGCCACGAGACAGCUCGGCCAAAUUUUACCUGCUGCCAAUUCUGUUCUGUUUUUCCCACUGUGGGAUCAUAACAAAUCUCGGUGGAUGGCAGGAACCCUUGUCUGGACGCAAGACAAUCAUCGAGCUUUGGGCAUUGAGGAACUUCACUACUUCAAAAUAUUCGGGGACUCUAUUGUCUCUGAGGUCUCUCGUGCGCACUGGGCGACAACCGAGAAAUCCAAGUUCGACUUUAUCUCGUCAAUCAGCCACGAGCUUCGGUCGCCGCUCCACGGAAUCUUGGCUAGUGCCGAACUAUUGCAGGCAACGUCUCUAGACCCAGCACAGGAGGAAAUGGUCAAGAUGAUUGAGGCUUCAGGUUUGACUCUGUUGGAUACCACCGAUCAUUUGCUCGAAUUUUGCAAGAUCAAUAACCUGACUCAAGUCAAGAGAUCGCGAAAGAAGAAGAGCAAAACUGAAGAGUCAAGCUUGGUGUCUGACUUUCAUCUUGGACAGUUGGUUGAAGAAGUUGCCGACAUUCUGUACACAGGACAAAAUGCUUCCGAAAUCGUGCUCCAGACUGUGCAGACAACUUCGCCUGACCGUACACAAGCUAGUUCAUUCUCCAAUGACAAUUUGACGGACGACAUGUCUGUGAUCGUCCGGGUUGAGCAGUGCAACUCUUGGUUCAUUCGAUCCCUGCCCGGUGCAUGGCGGAGAAUCGUGAUGAACAUUCUUGGCAAUGCGAUGAAAUGGACCAAGUCCGGGUUUGUCGAAGUAUCUCUAUCGAGAAUGAGAAACCCGAUCGAGCCCCGUACGCCCAUCGCACAUUUAUCAGUCACAGACACUGGCAGCGGUAUUGCGCCAGACUUCCUUCGACACAAGCUUUUCUCCCCCUUCUCUCAAGAAGACUCUCUCUCGGAAGGAGUUGGACUUGGUCUCAGCAUCGUUCGUCAGCUUGUUGCUUCCUUCCAGGGCCAUGUGAACGUUAGGAGUGAGGUUGGUAUUGGAACGCAAGUUGACGUCUACAUUCCAGUCGAACUUGUUAACAGCCCAGAAGGAAGCCCUGCCUCCUGUCCGUCUCCUUUGAGAGUGGAACCGUGCUCCGAGUCGCCACCACUGCGAGCGUGCUUGGUUUCUUUCAAUGGAUAUCCAGAUUUGCAAGAAACACCAACCGGGAUGUUGAGUCUUGAGUCGAAGCGAAAACUGUCCAUACAGAGCACACUUGCCGAUGUGUUCAUGUCCCACUUUGGUUGGACUGUUUCCUUGGCGGAGACCCUCAGUAAGGGACAGGGAGAUAUUGCAGUCAUCGAGGAAGCAGUUCUGAGAAGGGAAGCAGAGGGCCUCGAAUCACUGGAUCAACUGGCGUCGAUGCAUAGAUUUAGGUUCUUCAUUGUGUUGGGAAGUAACGCUUCCUUCUUUGAAACCUUCCUCGCACCCAACUUUGUCUGGGUCUCGCAGCCGUUCGGACCACAGAAAAUCCAAAGUGCGAUUCAAAAGAUCCUGGAUUUGGGAAAGCUUGAGCCUGCAGUGGCUGCUACCCCGUCAAUCUCCCUCGCGCCAUUACUUUCACGUCCUGAAGUUCAACCUUCCCCCACGAGCGACACUUUCCCUGUCACAAUGCCUGCUUCUCCAGCGACACGUCGCAGCCUCUCACUCUCCCAUGCUCUGCCAAUUCGGCCAUCUCACGAGCCGCAGGAUAUCCAUGUCCUCGUCGUAGAUGACAACGACAUCAAUCUCAAAAUCCUGGCCACAUUCAUGCGCAAGAUCGGCUGCAGCUACGACACAGCUUCGAACGGGCUGAUAGCUUUGGAGAAAUACAAGGUGUCGCAACGGCGAUUCGACUUUGUGUUGAUGGACAUCUCAAUGCCCGUCAUGGACGGCCUAGUGUCCACAAGCAAGAUUCGCCAACAUGAGAAAGAAAACGGUCUUGAACCUUCUUGCAUCAUCGCUGUCACUGGUGUCGCCUCGGACACUAUGCAACAGCAAGCCCUCGCAGCGGGGAUUAACGAGUAUUUGAUCAAGCCUCUUUCACUUCAAGAGUUGAAGAAGAUUAUGACCAUUACGUGA